AUGAGCGGGUCCAUGGCGGCCGACGUGUGGCGCGUCGAGGUCAAGUUUCAAGGCGUCUCCAUGAGCCUCGUCGGGAAGCUCCCCGCGGAGAAGCGCCACUAUCUGAAGGACUUUCCCAAGAAGCUCAGCGUGAGCACCAAGACCAAGUACAGCGCCGUGCCCGGCACGAGCUUCUUCUGCAAGUUUGCCUCCAAGGACGCCAGCGAGCUCUUGGCGUACCUCAAGCGCAAGCGCAUGGCGCUCUGCGUGAGCUUCCCGUACGCCAAGUACAUCUUCACGCUGCACCUCGUCGCGCCCGUGGAUCUGCACCAGCUCAAGAGCCUCCAGCGCUUGAAGCGGACGGGCGCGAGCGUCGAGUCGCUUUGUCGCGACGACGACGGCGUCGUCAUUGGCGUCAUUAGCAAAGAGAUCAACAAGGAGAUCGAAGACAAGCUGCUGCAGAAGAAACAGAGCCUCGCCGAGGCGGCAGUCAAGGCCAAGACGCUCUCGACGUCGUUGAACGACCCGCUGCUGGAGCUCGACAUGCUCCUCGAGCGCCUGCCCGAAACCAAGUCGGCGAUCGAGAUUUGCAUGCGCUUUAUCCUCAAGCAAGAACAUGGCUUUGACAGCAUUUGGCGAAGGAUCUUGGCAGCGACCGAGGCGCUCGAGCACAACAAAGGCAAGCUGAACGUCAUCUUCCUUGCGCACGAAGUGUUUCGCAAGGUGCGUGGCGGCACGAACGACGAGCACGGCAACAGCCGCCUCGCCUCGUCCCCGCUCGUCGUCGCGUCCGAGAAGGUGCUCUACCAACUCCUCGAUCUCAUGGACGACGACUGGAAGGAACUGACCGUUGUGCGCGAAAUCCUCGUGCUCUGGGAAAAGUGGCACAUCCCGUUCAAGCGACCGACCAUGGCGCUGGACUUGCCGUUUGAAUCGCUUGCCAACUCGACGGCGUCGUCGUCGCCGAUCAGCGACCUUCCGUCGUCCGCGUCGCCGCAGGUCGCGGAGCUCAUGCGCAAGCACAACAUCACGCCGGGUGCGUGGGAGAUCUACCUCUCGCGCGCCAACGAAGACGAGCUGUACGAGAUCGACCACGUCUUGACGCUCAACGAAGCCAACCGCCGGUACUGGACCGACCAGUUCCUGCACCGGUACGUCAAGAAGAACUUCAAGCAGCUCAUCGACACGCACCACACGUCGGUCGAGCCCGAGCACAUGCGCACGUCGGGCGAGGUCAUGCAAGAGGCGCUCGCGUGCACGUGGGACUUUGACGCGGAAGCGACCAAGUCGAUCUUCCACAGCGACGCGUGCCUUAUCGACGAGCUCUGGCGCAAGCUCGAGGCGCGCAUGCCGUGCGACAACCUCAACGCCUACGUCAUGAGCUAUCUCAAGCGCUGCAACCACACGCUCUACUCGCAAAACCCCGACUUUAACAAACUCGUCGCGGUCGUCGAAGCGUUCGGCGAUGUCGACUUAGGCGAAGUCAAGCGGCUCCUCGGCGUCGUCUGGACGCUCAGCGAGCGCGCCAACACGGCCCUCGACGACCUCAUCGACGACCGGCUCCUCACGGUCGCGCGCACGGCCGUGGCCGCUGCCAAGGACGGCAAGGCACUCAACGUCUCGCGGCUCAUUACGUUCCACUUUUCCAAGCAGAUCAAGACGUCCACCAAGGGCAAGUGGUGGUCGCCGCGCAUGAAGUCGACGAUCCACGAAGCCUACAAGCGCAGCGCCAAGACCGAGGCCAAGCAAAUGCACUUGGUCAAGGAGACACCGCCCGAGCUCACGGACGAAGAGCUCGCGGCACUCAAAGCAUCGAUCCCAAAGCCGCCGCCGCUCAAGUUUACGAAAGUCAAGCUCAAGGACAUCCAGCGCACGGAAUCCAACAUCAACGGCACCAUGGGCAUGGCGAUUUCCGGUAUUCCCAACUCGGGUCGCGGUAUGUUCAACCUCUCCAAGCAUCCGUGGCCGGCGUUCUCGGUCGUGUGCAUCUUCGGGAGUCGGCGCAUCUCGGAAGAGAUGCACCACGACGGCCUCAACAAGGUCGCGCGCUGCGGGGAGGUCGGCGAGACCUUUGUCGUCGUCAACGGCGAAGUCAAGGAAGUCGACCGAUUCGUCGAGCAGUAUGGCCACCGACUCGUCGAGUACGACGGCCUCGUCGACGCCGAGGGCUCCAUGGGCGGGUUUCCUAACGACCGCGUGUACGAGUACCCGGAAGACAUUUACUGGGAUGCCUCGGGCUUUUACAACAACUCGAUUCUGUGUCCGGGCUGCAUCGUGGACCCGACGAAGCCCGACUCCAAGAUCGUGCUCGACCAGCUCUACGUCGUGACGUGGAAGGAGGUGCCACCCAUGCACGAGUUCUUCCUCGCGUACGGCACGUCGUACUACGAAGACGACGCGAGCACGCCCAACGACGACGGGCCGAAGAAGAAGGCCAUUAAACGAUAG